AUGCUGGCAGACAUUGGACCUUCUGCUAUUGCUGGAUCAACCGCUCUGAAGUUGACCAAACCAACUACAAUUGAGCAAAACAAGAACUUGUUCAAGGUGGAAUGUGUCGUCGAGUUUAACAAUCAAGAUCAAAUCUCAUCAUUUAGCGACAUCAAAUCUCUGGCUGCGACCGACAUUGUGUGCUUGGCAAACAACAAGGACAUUCACAUAUAUGAUGCAUCGUCAUCUCAUCAGCAUCUGGCUACGAUUACUGUUGAUGCUCUGCCGGAACAGAUAGCCGUGAAUCGUGAUUCCACGUUCAUGGUCGUCGCAUAUCAUAUUGGAAUGAUACAAUUCAUUCAUGUACCGACGAGACGUGUCGUAUUCUCACAAGAAAUCGCUCAGAACGAUGAGGAUGCUUCAACGUUUCGAUUGGUGCGAUUUGCCAGCAACCCAAAUGACAAGACAGAACAGUUACUUGUUGUGCUGUCCGAUCUUCGAUUAAUGAGGUUUUCGAAUGUCGAUCUGCUAGCAGUUAGUACAGCGCUUGCCAAACACGAUCUGGAGAUGGCUAUGAAGAUCAAGUCCAACAUACUGGUUGAAGUUAUCACGUUGGAUGAGGAUAUUCAAGGGAAAGCCAACGAACAAGACGGAGGAUUACUAGAAGACGUGACAGACAUCAUACCAGUCUACUCGUCGGAAUGGAAGGGUCAGAGGCUCAUUGUCGCUGGACGAGGCCAAGAGCCUCUAUCAGUCUGGACGGUGUCAGAGCGGGAUCAGAAGUCAUUCAAGCUUGACUUUGUUCGCAAAGAUCUGGAAGGAUCGUCCAUCAUAACAACAAAAGUCAAUCCAAGUGGAAGGAGAAUGAUCACAUUAGACGACCAAGGCCACCUCAUAAUAUGGAACCUGCCACACCUGCACAUAUUACGCCGAUUUGAGAUAUCUGGCUUGUUGGAUUUUGAUCUCUUGACCAAAUCCACGGACUUCCUAGAAGACUUGGUGGUGGUAGCAGCAUUCGAGAACUCGAUACAGGUUUUAUCGCUACCUACACUGGAAGUCUUGCUGCACAUCAAAACGGAAAUUGCACCAUAUUUGAUUCAUAGCAUCUACUCGACUGUCAACAAUGGAAUGUACAUUGCUACCUCAGAUGGAUCUGCUCUCUGUAUAAAUGCUAUAGUGGAAACAGUGCCAUUGCAAAAGUUUCAAGAUCUGAUUGCUGCGAAAGAUUUUGAGGCUGCUCGAGUAUUUGCUUCUCAGUAUUCGUUAGAUCUUCAGGUCUUGCUGAAAGCCAAACUGUCUUCGAUACUCAAAGGCCAAUAUAUUCCAACGUAUACGGAAUGUGCAUCUUGGGUGGAAACCCUUCUUCAUGACUUGCAAGACGUGAAGGACUUAGGCUUUUGUGCGCAAUUCUGCACAUCUUUGGUCCUUCCAUCUGCAAAAGAAAUACAUCGUCUCUUGUCAUUUGCAGCCUCGAAAGUGCAAAGUGCAGACUUAUCUGCCUCACUACACUCUGCAAUAUGUCGGUUGGCAACGUAUCAACUUCUUGGAGCACGAUCUUCCAACACAACAACAGAUAUUGUUGAUGGCGUAGCUUGGCAAAAAUUUCGCAUGUUGGAUUUGGCAAAUUAUAUGAUGGAGCACGCUCGAUCUGGUGAUAUGGAUGCCGUCGUCGUAGUUUGGCGACGACAUUGCAAAGAUACGGCUGUACGAGAUCGAUUGAUUAAUGUAUUAUCCAGCAUCCCAGCGACGCAGCCACUGUCUGACUAUCUUCCAUGGAUUCAAAACGAAGUCAUUCCAUUGUUGCCAUUAGAAGCAGAGUCAGAGUUUAUCUCCUGGGUCCAAGACCGUGCUCAUGCUGUAGAAUUUACAGAGAGGAGACCUCACAAUGCAUUACAAGUUGCAGCGUUGAUAGAGAUCCUGCAACAGAAGCCGAAAUCCAUGCUGGAAAUGUUUGGUCUUCCGACACCAGCCGCAUAUGUAAAUAUUAUGUCUAUAAAUGCCAUGCCUGCGGAGAGUGCAAAGUCCAAUGACUUGCUGACUAGGUUGAGGAAUUUGAAGAAUCUGUGGGAUUCUCAUCAGAUGUACCUGUCACUCGCUGAAUAUUCGAGCUUGAUCCCAAGCGAUAUUGCAAUCAAACUGCUUGAUCGUGUCGCUGCUCCUGAAUUAUUAGAGGAUGCUGUCGUCGUACAUUUGCGCUUGUAUUCUACCGCACAUGCACUAUCUAGUGAUGACAUUCUGUCAGAGUAUUGUACAGACUUGAUGGAUUCACCUGUACAGCCUCAUAUCGAAGCACCCUGGGAAGAUCGAGUGCUCGCACUCAUUCCGCUGAUUCAGAGUGCCGAUAUCAAAUCGAGCGUUAUACUCGAGGUGAUGAGGAGAUGCCCGGUCCCGUGGUCUGCUUCUGUUGACGAGCUCAUUCAAUCAACAAUUAGCAGGAUGCCCGAAAAUGCGACUGAGAAGGCUCAUCCUUCAGAGCCUGCUCGUCACGCUUCCGAGCUCAGAGAGCAAUGUCGCCUAAUGUCAUUAAGACGGAUGUUGACAAAGUAUGGGAUUUCGAAAUUCAACUUGGCCGAUUUGGGACAGACACGAAAUUUGCUUUGGUAUAUUCUUGGCCAGGUUGAAUCAUUGGAUGCCAUGCAAGAUGGGUUGAGACUUGUCGCUGCAUAUCGUCAUCUGAAUCGAUCAGAUGCUCUAGUAGCACGAAUUCGUAUUCUGUCCUUAAAUGGAUAUACUUCCCGAGCACGUCUCUUGCUACUUGAAGGAAAAGAAUCCCAAACCAUUAUAGAACAAAGUGACGGGAUGUGGCAGCAACAAUUCGAUGUCGAGAAUGAACCACCGAUAGACGAUGCUGAAGCUAUUGCGGCUGCCAAAGAAGUGUUUAUGUGGUGUGAAGAGACUAUUAGCACUUUAUCUAAAGGCUCGUUAGGUAAAAACACAACAGCUCCUGACGAAAUUCAACACUUCCAAACUAUCGCUGAAGCUGGUGCAAUGUUGGCUUCGGUAAUACAAGAUUUAUCUGUUCGUGGCAAAUGUACUAGUGUUGAUACAGGAUUUGAUGCUGCAAAAUGUGCUCAUCAAAUGAGAGCUAUAAAGGUCUUGGCAACAGAGUUUGAUAUCUUUAAAGAUAUCAAGGAUCUACAGUUAGAAAGUGAACGACGCAAACUUGUUGCUGGAUUUGCAUUCAAGAUCUUCAAAUAUUCUGGACUCGCCGCUAAUGAUUCUCCGGUACACCGUGAAUCUGGAGUCAACACACGCGACACGACCUCUGUCUCAUCAUUAUAUCAUUUGGCUGAAGUUCUUGGGUUUGGAAGAGAUGAAGUUCGAGGAAUGGUGGCUGAAGAGGCAGCCAAAAAUGGCGAUUUUCAACCGGCUUUCUCGUUGUGUCAGGAGAUGUAUGAUAAGUUUCCUUGCCCCCGCACAGCCAAAUGUCUUAUGCGAGUUGCAAAAUUUGUGACUCAGUAUGCAACGGAGAAUACUCAUGUGUAUUCAGACUCAAAGAAUGGCAAGCACAAUUAUCGUUUGACAAGUCGUAUACGACAGCUGGCAGAACAAGCAUUGACCGUUUGUGAUGAAGGAGACCUCUCUGAAUUCUUGGACGACUUCAAAUCAUACGAUCUUCAACACAUCGUAUUCACGCAGUGUGAUGCUGGAGACUACUCGCAUGUCUUGAGUAAUCCAACGACACUUGCCUCGUCAAGCCAAACCGCAAUCACCGAUUUAGACGUAGCAGUUCUCGGUGACGACUAUGGAUCGUCACUUUUCACCACUUCCUUCCACGAAACUGGUCUCGUCCUCACGACAGAUCAAGCGAUGAAUAGUGUUGGUGAAUUUGUUAUCAGCACUUUGAAAAAGGAUGUUGAUACAACUGAUUCACGUGGGAAACACAGACCGGACGCUGAUCCAGUUUCUCUUGGUCUUUCCUUGACCGAGUAUCUGCGAACUUCAAGAAGUUUGCAAACUGCCAUGGCGUGCUGGCAGCAAGUAUUUGAGAUCGCGACUAGAAGCGUAGAGUCUCUGCCACCCUUCAAUAUAACGGAUGAGCAUGAGAAGCAGCUGAUAUCCGUACAAAGUCUUCUUCAACAAGUGCUAAGUUCCCGCUACAUUGACGAGUCGUUGAGUAUCGGUUACAUGUUGUAUGUACCUCAAAUAUAUGCAUUUGAAUCCUUCAAGAGUGGUUUAGCAAGUGUCGCUACAGACUACAGUCGAUUGUUGACCCUUGCAACCAUUGGAGUCAUCGCUGGCACUGCAUGGAAACAACGUGGAUUCUUGGUGGACUGUCAAGGUUUAGCAGCGAAUGCUCAAUGGUGGCAUCAGUUCCGUCUGCUUGGAAUACCGUUUGACGAUGGAAUGUUCCGAAACAGUCGGAAUGGAGAUUAUCAACGCAAGCUUAUACCACUAUUCCUGGAGAAAACGCAGUUGGAUGUCACAACUGUGAUCGAAUUCGCUCGUGAUUAUUUUAUAGAAGAUGAUUAUGUUAUUUUCGAGCACGCUCGAAAGCUUCUCGUCUCGAACUCACAAGCAACCCAUGAAGACUAUGAAUAUCGCAUGGCCCUGAUUUUAGAUAAUAUUCAAAAUAAGGAAAAAUUCUUGAAUGUCUUGCUCGAUAGUAUCUUGCCUCGUAUCUCGACAUACGAUUACGAGAGAUUACAAUAUGUAUUUGCCCAGAUUCUCAAGUUGCAGCCAGUGCAUGAAGACGCUGCAAAAGGACAGCUCGUCCUUGAAAAUCUUUCGCAGUAUAGUAGACAUACUAAGCCAACUCUCGAGGAGUUGGUCGAGGCCAAGUCGCAUCUGUCCGAUUCUGAUGCUGUCAGGGAUGCCGGAAUGGCCAAUCUCUCUAAGAUUUUUCCUAUGGCAGCCAGACGUCUCCCAUUCCAUGCACUCAUCAAGGACCCAUGGCGAGUCUUGAGUGCAGAGAUAAACAAGGACACAAUUUUGUGUCUGGUACCAUUAUCAACUCCACUUGGCUUGUCUGAAGACAAGUUUUAUAUGGACAUUUUGACCAAGAUGGUGGAAGUCCCGAAGAAUGCUGAUAUAACACCAUCAGAGAUAUCAGCCAACUUUGCAGAUCUGAAAACAUGGUUCGCAAGAGUUCGAAAUUCAGAAGCUGCAGUGCAAAUGUCAGUCUAUGUUGCUGGCAAAUUCGCAUGUGGGCCAGAUCGAAUAUCGGCAUAUAAGCAUGCACUUACUCAAUGUGAACGUUGGUCGAAAGGAGUUUCGGAUAAGGACGACGAGUUACGAAAGAAGGUUGAGGUUGUGACUAGUAGAGUAAAAGGAUUCCUGGUCAGAACGGAAUCCGAGUUCCAAUUACGUAGUGUUGGACUGGAGGAUCUACUUGAUUAUUUGAAUCGACCAGCAGAUCUUCUGAUUCAGCUCUAUAUGCAAAAGUCUGAGAGAGCUUUGAAUCAUGCCGACUUCGACUUGCAUGGUAUUGCGAGUGAUAUCGCAAAACGACAUGGAUUGGACUUUGAUCGAGUUCGAAAUGGGUUGAUACAGGUCUCUUUGUCAGAAGAUUUGUCAUCGGUAGCAGAAUCUUUGCCGAAAACGUUGCUCCCCUCUGUACGACUACAAGCUGCAGAGGGUUCGCCAUACAUGAAAUCUGAAAUCGCUCUAAGAUCUCGCCUCGUUGCUUUGAUGUCGUAUGGACCCAUAGAAAAGAGUAUACAGUUGCUCAUGAAUUACGCAUAUCAACAAUCAUCCAAAAUCCAAACAAUCACACGUGUUCGAGCAUUAUCUGUGCUACUCAAGAUUGCAUCAGCAUCUCUUCUUGCUGAAAAUAAUAUCAACAAGGCGGAUGUUGCGAACUAUGUUCAAAUUCUACUCUAUUUCUGUGAUUUCGAACAUCUUCGCAUCGUCCUUCAACUAAAGGAAUUUGCAACCUGCGACAAGAGGGCACUAUCUCAAACUAUAUGGAUGAAUCACAACAAAGACCCAUUGGCAGUGGAGCUUAUAUGCCACAUUUGUUGUGAUUUUGGCAUCCAUGACCAAGUUUUAUGGGAAAACUUGUUGCAGAGAUUGGUAGACUUUGGUGAAUUUGGCGUCGUGUUGAGAGCCAUUGAGUAUGUUAUGCAAACUCCGGAGCUCUCGCAAAUGGUUUCACUUCCGACGCUAGUGUCGCGAGUCAUUGUCGGUUACCUCAAGUCACAUCAAGAUGCAGUUGACACUCCAUUACGACUCAGACGAGUAACAAAAUUGCUUCAUGUUUGUCCAUUUGUCACUCUUCUGGACGAAGUAUUGCUGGUCGACACCUUGUCAUCGAUGGUGUCUGAUUCUUGUAUUGGUGAAUGCACACAUUUUGUAUUGAGUGCCAUGUAUGCGUUGCCUAGCUCGUCAGUGGUUCAAGAUAAGAUCAAUGUGACGAUGUCAAAGUUACCAAAUAAUGCUCUCAUACCACUUCUUGAGCACAUGCAAACCAAUAGAGGACUAGAUUUGAUGAGUAUGCAGGAUGAGGUGAAACAUUCCAUAUACACGCAGAUCAAUAGUCGCGAAUGUUAUGGAGUGGUGCUUCGAACAUCACAUUUGGGAUCAUUUGGACGCUAUCUGAUUGAGCAAGAUCAGAUUGAUGGAGCACUGAUGCCUAGUAUUGCAGCCACUCUCUUGAAACUAUACUACUCGCUUCGACAUCCUUUACACUCUGACGCGUCUCCAAAAGAGAUGCUAACAAUGUACCUUGAAUCUCACUCGUUGAGUCAAGAUGACCAACAGCUUCUACUUGAAGCGUUCGAAACGAACCUGCCUGAUGAGGAGGACGAAGAUGAAGAAACAGAGGAGGCCGUUGAAGGAGGGCAAGAUACCCUUGAAGACGACCACCAAUCCCAGUAUUAG